UAACAUUCUAAAUGGUAGUAUAAAUAUGAAAAACCGAAGUCUGUCAAAUGGUUAACACUUUUUUAGCAUAAAUUCAUAAGUAUUUCAUUGCAAAACGUUAAAAUGGCAUUCUCUGGUCAAAUAAACAACAUAAUAGUGAUAUCAUUUUUGGCUCUUUAUUUAAUACAAGUUAGUUUUUCACAACCAAUGCUUUCAGUCAGAGAUACAGAUUCAACCGGUACUACCAGCAACACAGCUGGAUCGAUGCUAAAAAAAGGAGGUUCGGUAUUAAAAACUGUAGGUACAGAAGUAUCAACAGGAACUGAAGAUUUGCUAAAAGGAGUUGGUCGAGGUACUCUUGCAGUAGGAGGUUUAGGAGUCUCAACUAUAAAUGGAGUUAGCGGAGCAGCUUCGGCUGUAACUGGAAAAUUGUCAGACGCCGUUUCAAGUAUCGAUAAUUACAUGUCAGACAUACCAGUCCUUAGGAAAGCUACCAGUGGUCUUAGCAGUGCAUUAAAAGAAUUUGCAAAUUCUUUUAAAUCUAUUUCUGAUUUCUCGAGGAAACAACGAACUGAAUCGGUGAAUAAUUUGAGAACUAUGCUUAACUCCAGUACGUCUGGUUCUAGCACAACAGCAGCAGCUGCGUAGGAAUCAUAUUAGUCAGUCAUUGCAUCAAAAAUCUUUUUUUGUAUUGCAUUAUUAUUGUUAUUAUAAUUCUCAAAUUUUUAUUAAAAUGAUUUCCUAUCAAAGACUACAAGGAAAAA